AUGUCCAAGAACAGCAGGCGAUAUUUUGAGGCCACCUUGCAGACGGGAAGGGAGGCAUACAAUCUUGUCGUCUGCUUCUCCCCCGAGAAGCGGGACCAGUUUGUUCACGCGGCAGAAAACAGGCAGGCGGUGAAAUUGUUUGCCACGCGGAAAAGCAUCACAUGCAUUUCUUUUCAUUUUGUUUUCGUAGGCUACAGCAGUCCAGGGGGCUUCGAUGUGUUGGUGUCGAGCUACAGCAGGCUUGACGCGUUUGGGGACCUUCCCUUCACCCAUAGGGCACCGAGCAGCACCUCUGACCGGCUGACCGUGGUCGAUGUUUUGGGUUUGGGUCCCAGGCAGAGGGUGGGAGUCAUCAACCUCAAGGUACUUCAGCUCCUGGACAAUAGGGUGGUGGAGAUCCAAGGAGCGUCGAUGGAGCUGAAAUGCUUUGAGGUUUGUGACUCCACCGGACAGACGGCGUUGAGCGUGUGGGAUCGGCUGAUCUCCACCGUCCAGCUCGGCCAAUGCUACACCUUCUAUUCGCUGACGACAAGGAAGGAUGGGAGCCGCACUGUUUUAACCACUACCCCAUCCACACUGGUCACCGCCACCACGGGUGUAGGGCAGCCUUCUUCCCUCAGGCAGGUGACUGUCGCGGACGUGGAGAUUCUGUGCGGGCCCGCGACCGCGGUCAAGAGCGUGGCAAAGCCCAGGUGUCCACGAUGCCACGUCGGACAGGACCAGUUGGACGUCAAAUGCUCGACCCACCGCUGUGAGUCGAACAUGUGCUCCAUGCUGCAGCGCACACCAGCGUAUCUGGUGACGUACUCGGGGGUGCUUAUCGUGGCACCCAAAGAUGUCGAUGAGCGCUCCAUGCAAUUGACAAACUCCACGGUGAUGGGGUUUGUCAAGAAGUUUUGUGUGGCGUGCAACGUCCAUGAUGGCCCAGCCCUGGAAGAGACCAUCAUGGCGUUGCCAGAGCUGGUCGUUUCUGUUAAUGCAGUAGGACUGGUGGUGCGCUUCGCUCCGGCCGUAGCUGUAAGAGAGGCUAUGGCUGACUGCUCCCUGGGCGACAUUCUGGACACGGAGGAGGCUUCGACGUCCUAUCUUCUGGACGACUGAA